AUGCAAAGGUCUAGGCAACGAGUGAAGCAGGCAUGCAAUCGAUGCCGAUUUAAGAAAACAAAACGGGAUAAAAAAUCUAUGGUAGUUCUCCUCGAGGAGCAGAACAAAAGGUUACGAGAUACAGUACAAACGUUGUACGAAUACAUUCAAACUGGUCGUAACAUACCAGUGCUGCCGGCACGGGGCCCGGGAGACGAUCGCCCACUCUUACAAGACAUUGUGGCAUAUGUUGAUACACUCCCUGUGUGCGUGGAAACCACUUCCGACCAGUUGCAGCAUCAGGUUACAUUGCUGAGCACCGCACCUACUUUUUCUCUACCACAAUCACAGCCAGAAACCUCAUCACUUCUAAGCUUUGCUGCAAGUGAGCCUCAAUGGAGUAGCUUCAUGGCGCCUUCGAUGCAACUAGAUCUGCCAUUAACAGAAUACGACUUAGCACAAGUGGACCAUGAUCUUCUAGGAAGUACGCUGGACCUACAAGAGUUUUCGUCAUUUGCGGAGGUAGACCCAGCGGAGGCGGCAGGAUUGCGCCGAUGGCUAUAG